AGCAGGGAAACAAGAGCAUCUUCAGAUAAUAAACUCACACUAUUCCUCCAAGUCGAUGCAUUGUUAUUUUAAAAUUUCGAGCAUUAUGUCUCUCGGGUUGAUUUUAAUUUUUAUUGUGAUUAUUUGUUAUUUUGUGCAUCAGUUUAUGAUUUCACGUCCAAAAGAUUAUCCUUCAGGUCUUGUGCGAUGGCCAAUUUUUGGGUCUAUGCUACAAAUAUAUUGGCGUAACUUUAAACAUCCCUUCAUGGCUGUUCAUCAGUUAGUGAAGGAACUUGACCUUCCUAUGAUGAGCACCUACCUCGGCAACCAUCCGGUUGUUUUCAUUAAUGAUCCUGACAGCAUUCGGGAACUAUUCUCGAAACCAGAGUUUCAAGGAAGAUCUCCAGGAUUAGUCGCCAAACUUCGCUCCCGGAACAAGGAUAAAGUGCUAGGUGUAAUAUUCACGGAUGGGGAUGAAUGGUCUGAGCAAAAACGCUACGCUUUACGAAAUUUUCGGGACUUGGGUUAUGGACGGCGCAGUGAAUCUUUCGAAACUGUUCUUGAAGAAGAGACCAGAAAUCUUAUCACAUUAAUAACGGAUGAAAAUUCAGUGCUCAUGAAAGAUGGGGUUGCUGAAGUACCACAGAUUUUUUAUCUUUUCCAUUUGAAUAUGAUUUUGAAUGUCUUUGAUGGUGAAAGACUUUCCAUCAGUCAACUUCCUGACGCUGUGAAAUUGGUUGAUAUUGCCUUCCUUUUUCUUAGUAGCACAGAACCGACCGGAGGAGCCUUUGACUUUUUACCUUGGCUCCAGUACGUUCUCCCUUGGAAAUACGGACUGAAAGACAUCGUUGAUACUUCAACCAUUUUAAAUAAGUACCUUGGCGAUAUGGUGAACAAAUGCAAGGAAAAUCAUUCCAGUGAGCAUUUGCGAGGCUACAUUGACAUUUUUGUUGAAAAAAUGCUAAAUGGAAAACACAACCAUCCUUCAUACAAUGAGGACAAUCUGGUGAACAUUCUUGUUGAUUUUUGGUUCCCUGCUGUGACAACAGUAUCAGCAGCUCAUGGAUUUUUGUUUGAGUACCUACUUUAUCAUCCUGAAGUCCAGAUCAAUAUGCAAAAAGAAAUAGACCUGAUUGUCGGACGUAGCAGGCUACCAACUUUACAUGACAGGAAAAAUAUGCCGUACACUGAAGCAACCAUUAGAGAAGCCUUACGGUUGAAGCCAAUUGUCGUUAUGGCCCUCACUCAUAGAUGCACCAAAGCGGCUAAAUUAGGAGAUUAUUGGAUUCCAGAGAACACGCUUUUAUCCCCCAACUUGUACAACUAUCAUCGAGAUGAAAAACUCUGGAAAAACCCGCACGUUUUCGACCCUAUGCGUUUUUUGGAUGAGAAUGGAGAAAUAAUCAAGAAAGAUCCCUCUUUGCCUUUUGGUGUGGGUAAGCGAGUAUGUCCAGGCGAAACUUUUGCUCGGCACAAUCUCUUUGUUUCAACAGCUGCGUUUUUCCAACACUUCUCAAUAGAAUGUCCAUUUGGAAGUCCUUUGCCCGAUCUCAAUGACCUUAGAAAUGGAAUCAAUCUUUCUCCCAACCCUUUUAAAGUGAAAAUUGUUCCUCGGGGCACUUAAGCUGCGAAAAGUACUCUCUCAUGUAUCUCAGUCAAGUAAUGUGUUGCGUUUAUUUUUUAUGCACCUGAUCAAAAGACUCAAUUCUCUUAUUUGCCCUCCCAAAUUUUAAACUGCAUAUUGGAGGCUGAGAAUUUUUGGAAUAAAAUUCAACUUUAGCCCUUCAUUGGACUUAUAAAUGAACUGAGGUUUCACAAUUUUUUCAUGAAGAUACUACAAUGCUCCUGUUGAAAACAUAUUGAUUGAGGGUCUUAGAGGACAAGGUGCAUAAUUUCAGAUAUUAUUGAUUUCACAUAAUACUAGUCUUGCGACAUAUUUUUAUUUUUUCUAUUUAUUUAUGUUAUCUUCCAACACAUGUAAUUGUAUACAUUGCUUCGAACAGGAAUUGACAAAGAAAGGAAAACAAUCGGGUAGUUUGACAGGUUCUUAACUUAGUAAAAACCUAUUCUGUGAAAAACUCGCCACCAAAAUCCAAUUUCCAAGAAUCAAAAAGUUAGUUUGAACUUUCUCUCCGUCAUAAGACUCCAUGUUAUUUUCCAGCGUAAGUACUUAUGUCUUAAAAUAACAAAAGCUGCACUUAUGCAACAAGUCCUCCAAGCUCCUCAACUCUGCUUCUUCAACCCAACUUGACAAAAUUGCUCUGCAGAAAAAUUUAACUAGGUGUAUUAAAGUAUUUUUUCCUAUUAACAGUUACCUUUAAAUUUUCCUUUUAAAUUUCAUAGUGAAACUUUCACACCAUGUAGGUACCUAUGAAAGCCCUAUUUUCAGUAAGAGCAACAAGAACUGUUUUUGUUCCUUAUCUUUGACGGUAGGGAAAUGAUUAAUCUUGAAGAUGUCAAUGAUAAGAUAUGUUCUUUAACACUCCAAGAUCACUUUUGACAACAAUUUCAACUGUAACUGCCAUGCAAUCUAAGAAAGUAGGUAAUAGCUGUGUUUGAACAUCAUCCAAAGAAGAGACUAAUGAUGAAUUUUUGUUUUUAAUUAAAAGUGAUGGCAGAAAGUCCCAUUAGAAAACAUAGGAGUGACUCAGGGAUAGCCCAAUCUGCUCUUCUGGCUUGUUACUCCCAUUCUAAUGUUUUCAUUCAAUAAAGCUAAAGAUUCAAAGAUCA